AUGUAUUAUUUUACUGUUUUUGUACUUCUGAGUUUGGGGUUACACUUUGGAAGCUCAGUAAUUCUAAGUGACCAACUGAAGAACAGCUUGAAGAAAAUCGCCACUGACUGCCAGGAAAAAGCAGGAGCAUCACCUUCAGACAUCCAAGCCUUAAAGAACAGACGUCUUCCUCAAACUGAAACCGGUUUGUGCAUGUUGGAAUGUGUCUUCAACAAAGUUAAGAUAAUGAACAAUGGACAGUUCGACAAAGAUGGUUUGGUCAUGGCUGCCACACCGUUGCUCAAGGGUGACAUCAUGAAGCUGCACAAGCUUAAAGAUCUGGCUGACUUUUGUGACCAACAAAUUGGCAGAGGAUCAAAGGGGAAGUGUCAAAAUGUUAAGCUUUUAGUGAACUGUGUCUACAAACAUGGGCGAGAUUAUGGCUUAAAAAUACCCACUUCUAUGUAA